AUGGGUGACUGGAGUUUUCUGGGCAGACUAUUAGAAAAUGCACAAGAACACUCAACUGUCAUUGGAAAGGUCUGGUUGACCGUUUUAUUUAUUUUCCGAAUAUUGGUUUUAGGAGCAGCAGCAGAAGAAGUGUGGGGGGAUGAACAGUCUGACUUUACUUGCAACACCCAGCAACCAGGUUGUGAAAAUGUCUGCUAUGACAAAGCCUUUCCUAUUUCUCACAUUAGGUUCUGGGUACUCCAAAUUAUUUUCGUCUCUACACCCACCCUCAUCUACCUGGGCCAUGUCCUGCACAUUGUGCGGAUGGAAGAAAAGAAAAAAGAGAAGGAGGAGGAGCUAAAGAAGUGCGUUAAAGAUAAUGAUGAGAAGGAACUGCUCCUCAAGAAGAGUGUCGAGAAGAAGGAAAAACCCCCAAUCAGAGAUGAAAGGGGUAAGAUAAGAAUAGGAGGUGCACUCCUCCGCACUUAUGUCUUCAACAUUAUUUUCAAGACUCUGUUUGAGAUUGGCUUUAUUGUAGGGCAGUAUUUCCUGUAUGGUUUUGAGCUGAAACCCCUCUACCGUUGCAACCGUUGGCCUUGCCCCAACACUGUGGACUGCUUCAUUUCCAGGCCGACAGAAAAGACAAUUUUCAUUAUAUUUAUGCUUGUAGUGGCUUGCGUGUCUCUUUUGCUGAAUAUGUUAGAGAUAUAUCAUCUGGGGUGGAAGAAACUAAAGCAAGGUAUGACCAACAGAUAUAUUCCAGAUCCUGCUUGUAAUAAAGCAAAUCCUCCUAGUCUACUACCACGAACUGUUCCGCCAAGUAUGGCUUUUCCGCCAUAUUAUACUGACGCAGCUGCUGCCCCUCCAACCAUGCAACAUGUAUAUGCUAGGUCACCCAUCUCUGAUUUUAAGAUGACAUCACUAACAGAAGAGCCUCUUGAUCCUUCCUACUUCAGCGGUCAUUUUGAUCAUCGUGCCUUAGCUAGUGACCAGAACUGGGCCAACCUGGCGGUGGAGAGAGAAAGGAAGCCUGGAUCCAGCAUUGCCAGUGUCUGCAGUGCAACUACUUCUGCUCCAAGCAGUGUAAGAAAUGAGGAAGCAUGUGAGCCCCCAGUGGGGUCAGGAAGUGGAAACAAUUCAAGAGCAGAAGCAGAUGACAUACCAGCCACCACCACUGUAGAGAUGCACCAGCCUCCCGUGUUGAUAGACACAAGGAGGCUCAGCAGGGCAAGCAAAUCAAGCAGUAGCAGAGCUAGGUCAGAUGACUUAGCUGUGUAG